UUCAGUGGCAUAAUAUAUAUUUGGGUAGUAGAGGGUGAGAGGAAUCCAAUAUUGUGAUCAGUCACGUGAAGAUGCUAGAAGAGUAAUGUGGACUCAGUGAUGUUGAGACCUGUUUUAUCCCAAUCUUGUCAGUGGCUACUCUGGGCCCUUCCCAGAGUUGUCACAAAUACAGCUUGUGGUGAAGCAAAUGUAAAACCUCAUGCACUUCAGUUCAGCACAAGCCCAAAUUUUCAGAAGACCAAAAGCCGAAGAUUGUAUCUAAAAGGAGUGCAGUCGAUUAUUCUACAUCAUUACAAUGACCUGAAGACAUCAGAAGCAAACACAUUCGUCAGCAAAAAUCCAAAGUUGAAAAAUUUAGACAAACUGCAGCUUGAUGCAAUGCUGACACUCCUGAAGCAUCAAGAAUACAGCUGGGAGGACAUUCGACAGCACAAGGAUGUCCUGACCCUGAUGCCUAGCCAACUGAGUGAUCGUCUCAAGUUCUUGGAGGAGUUUUCGAUCCCGAAACCCACACUCCACGAGCUAGUGUAUGCCCAGGCGUACAUGCACUGCACAGUGGGAUUCUUACGGAAAUAUGGAAUAUAUAGUGAGAACUUUGAUAUUAUAGCUCACCUGUUCAAAAAUAUAAAGCCCCUGGAAUUGCCAGAAACUUUUUUAGAUGAAUUUCAAGAGCAAUACAAAAACAACUUGGAUGAGAUACCGCUGUCAGAGUUAUAUUUUAAGAUUCUGAAGAAAUAUCUAACAAUGAGGUUCCCAUCAGACUCUAUGGCAGUUGAAAUACUUUUCAAGGGUGACUGGUCCCCAGCCUGGAAGCCUCUUGUUUCCUAUCAAGAUAUUUGUAACAUUAUUGUAGACACGCUUGGGCUAGACUUCAGUUAUGUGAUGUCCAACACAUGUCUUCUGAAUAUAGAUCCAGUAAAUGUGAUCAAUCUACUUGAAAAAUACCCAAAGCUUGGGGGAGUAUCAACAACAGAGGUGGCUGUCAAAGAUCCUGAACUGCUUCUCAUUCCUUUUUCGAAGAUAGAAAGAUGGACAAAAAUGUUACGGAAGUACAAAGUGACAAAGUUCAGUAUCUCAAAAGAGACUUUGCGCUUUUUCCGAUGCAGCGAUUUUGCAGAAGUGGAAGAGAGAUUAAAAGUGCUGAGUCAGUUACCGGAGUGGAAGAUUAUAAGCUUGUCAGAUCAGCUCUUUGUGAUCUUGAGAAAACCCUAUGGUUUGAAAAGAUUGCUUGAUGCAAUGCACUCAGGACAAGUUAUCAACAACCUGUCUUCUGCCACUCAGGAUCCAAAUGUGCCAGUACAAAGAUGCCGUCGCCUCCCCCAAGAGGUUGCAGCAUACAUAGCUGAAGAACUCAGCAUAGAAGAGUAUGAGGCAUGUAUUUUGAUCUUUCUUUCUUUCUCCCUUCUUCCCCUGUGUUGUUGUUGUUAAAAAGAGAUGCAAUAGGACUGGUGUGAUUAUUUUGUUGUUGUUUUCUUAUUACUUUCUAUUUCCCCUAUAUCUGGUACAAAUGGUGUAAUGAAUAGGUAUUACUUAGGUAUUAUGCCUUAUUGCAAGCAGGGCAGUUUCAUAAUGGAUCCAAGAACCAGGUAAGGCAAAAAUAAUUGUAAAUCACCCAGGCAUUUCCUCAAACUCACCUUUCAUUUAGAUUUUUAUGGAUGCUAAAGAGCAGUUCUGGCCUUAACUGUCAAGAUUAGCAUGAGUAGAGAAACAAGAUACACACUAUUCAACAAGAUACCCUCAAGCAACAAGGGUACUCCACAUGAAAAGAUAUGGUAUGAUAUAGGGAUUCAUGUGUUAAAAAGGAAUUAUUAGUAUUUUGUGCAAGAACAAGAGGAAUACUGCACAGCAAAAGGCAAGGGACCCACAUUUUUUGCAUGGAUAUAUUUUGUUUAUAAAGAAAAUAAAAGAUGUUUCUGGCUGCUUAUUUUUUAAAUAUCCCUUCACACAACAGAAAUUGCA